AGAAGUCUUCCUCUACAUCCUCCAAAACACAGUCGCAGACUAAUUAAAUCAAGAAGAAGAGAAAGAGAGACGACAGAGAGGUAAGAAGAGGAAGAAACGAUGUCGGACGAGGAGCACCACUUCGAGUCGAAGGCCGAUGCAGGCGCCUCCAAUACCUAUCCUAUGCAGGCUGGUGCCAUUCGCAAGAAUGGCUACAUCGUCAUCAAAAAUCGCCCCUGCAAGGUUGUGGAAGUUUCCACUUCAAAGACAGGCAAGCAUGGACAUGCAAAGUGCCACUUUGUUGCAAUUGAUAUCUUUAAUGGAAAGAAGCUUGAGGAUAUCGUGCCUUCAUCUCACAAUUGUGAUGUUCCCCAUGUCAAUCGUACCGACUAUCAGCUUAUUGACAUCUCUGAAGAUGGUUUUGUGAGUCUCUUAACUGAAAAUGGAAACACCAAGGAUGAUCUGAAGCUUCCCACCGAUGAUAAUCUGCUUAGUCAGAUUAAAGAUGGGUUUGCUGAAGGGAAGGACCUUGUGGUGACUGUUAUGUCAGCCAUGGGAGAAGAGCAGAUUUGUGCCCUUAAGGACAUUGGUCCUAAAAAUUAAAUAUGAUGCCAUUGCAUUAGCUAUGGCUGAUGGUAAAAUGAAACUUUGUGUUCCUAAUGAGGAGUUUAUUAACGAUAAUUAUGUGCGCAAAACAUAAAUUACGAUAGUACAGUAUCUGCGCCCUUGCAACUCUUUUCAAGGCUUUUUAUUAGAUGCGGAAGAUGUGCAGAUUUUCCUGGAAGGAACUUGUGUUUAUGGAAAAGAUGGAAUUAUGUAUGGUAUUUAUUCUGUCGUGUUCUUUUCUUUUCUUUUCUUUUGACUCGUGAUUUGGGAUGUUUUUUAUUUUUCAUUGGAUCUGGAUGUGUGUUUCAUGAUUGCUGGCCGCACUUGGUUGUAUUAGCAACUGCAUGGUUUAAAUAAUUGCCAUGUGAUGUGACUGAGCUACCUUAAUG